AUGAGCACUAGGCCUGCAUACUCCACCCAGCCCACGCGCGUCAGCAAGACGCAGGACUUGGUCCUGUACUUCGUUGCGGUGUUCAUCCCGCCCUUAGCCGUGUUCUUCAAGCGCGGUAUCACAGCCGACUUCUGGAUCAACAUCCUGCUGUGGAUCCUCGGCUGGAUCCCUGGGGUGCUGCACGCGUGGUAUAUCAUCGCACAGUCCGAAGGCAUCUAG